GUCAGUCUCAAGACAACGACACAGACCUACUUGUCAAAAUGUUCAAAUUGGUGGUGUCGUUUGCUCUCGUAGCCCUUACCGUUGCUAAACCUAGCGGUGUAUAUGUAGAAAGUCCACUAGUCGAAUCAUACAGUGUACCAGUUUUAUCUUCAGUUUCUUCCGGUGUCAGCCACACAUACAGAAAAGAUGUUAUUAGCGAACCUGCCGUAGUAGCCUACUCUGCUCCUGCUCUAGUCUCCUCACCCGUCGUUCAAGAAGUUGUAGCUCCAGUAUCUUCUUCAGUUCUAGCAGUUCCUUCAGCUGUCAGCCACACCUACAGAAAGGAUGUCGUCAGCGAACCCGUCGUUGCUGUUCACUCUGCUCCAGCUGUAGUAGCCUCUCCAGUUGUUGAACAAGUAGUAGCUAAAGUAGCUGUACCAUCUGCAGUUAGCCACAGCUACAGAAAAGAUGUCAUCAGUGAACCAGUUGUUGCUGUACACUCCGCUCCAGCCGUAUACGCCGAAGCUUCCCCUGUCGUUGCCGCCCAUUACUCAGCUCCCGUUGCCCUAUCUUCCGCAGUAAGCCACAGCUACAGAAGUGAUCUCGUCAACCAACCCGUUGUUGCCGCUUACUCUCUCCCAGCUGUUGAAUAUUCCCACGUUGGCCAUGUUGCCCCAGUUGCUUAUGCUGCUCACGUACCUGCUGUUCAUGCUUGGUAAAGAGAGGACUGACGAAAAAGGUCCAUUUAUGUUAAAAAUGUUUAUAUUUAUUUGAACCAAUAAAAUAGAUGUAAUUUUG